UAAUUAACUCCAAAGAAAAUAAUGGCAAGUUGUUGCUUGCUUAUUGCCCUCUUUCAAAGUGGGGAUCGGAAGCCACCGAUAUACCCUUCCAAUUUUCGAUUGAAGCUUGUAACCCUUAUAAUUGGUGUCGUCGAGCAUCAAGGAAAGUUAUAUGGAAAACAAGAGCAUGUGGUGAAUCAAAGAGGUUUGAAUCCAUGGAUACUUGAGCUUCAAUCUGCAAAAUCUGGACCGUGUAGGGCGGAUCGUUGUGAGUUGAGCUAGGCGCUCUUUUUCAUCUUAGGCGACACUAAAAGCAGCUAAAAGCGACAAUACGGUUACCAACCACAUACCCAUUUUGUGGAAGACGGAAAAAUGUGUUACUUUGCAAGAACAUGAAAAUUGAAGCUAUAUUGGAAAAAGAUGGACAGUAGUAACUCUUUGAUUGGAGAGCUGAAGCUUCAAGUUCGGAAGUUGGAGAAAUCAGACAAAAGCAAAGGUUUUAUAGAGUUAUUGCAACAACUAACUGUAUGUGAUUCUAUAUCAGAAAAGGAAUUUGAAGAGCGAUUUCAAGAGAUCAACUCUUAUGGCAAUGACCAUGUUGUUUGUGUAAUUGAAGAUGAUCAAUCUGGGAAGAUUAUUGCAACUGGGAGUGUGUUUAUUGAAAGGAAAUUCAUAAGAAAUUGUGGCAAAGUUGGGCAUAUUGAAGAUGUUGUGGUUGAUUCUACUGCUCGGGAGCGACAAUUGGGGAAGAAAAUUAUUGGGUUCCUAACAGAUCAUGCACAUUCAAUGGGGUGCUACAAGGUGAUUCUUGAUUGCAGCAUUGAGAACAAAGCAUUUUAUGAGAAGUGUGGAUUCAAGCAAAAAGAAAUUCAGAUGGUGAAGUAUUUCAGCUGAGAACUACAUUUUUGGUGAUUUUUUUUACGGAAUUAACAUUUGUGAAUGUAUUAUCAAUAUGUGGUAGGUUGUAUUGGCGAUACGUUUUACAGAAAUGAUAUUAUAUGUUUCUGUUAGUAUGGUAAAUACUAAAUAGUGCAAUGAUUUUGAAGAAGAUGACAGUUCAUUAUUGGGAAAUUAAUUCAAAUGAAUGUUAAAAGGGAGUCAGUUUUUUGAUGUU